AUGUAUGAGCACAUUCAGCUGAAUGGUCUAACCCAGCGUGACCUGCAGGAGGUGUGUGCAGGGCUGAGUGUUGACCUGCCUCUGCCCAUUGCCCUUAGCCUGCCCCUGGAUAACCUGUACUGGCAGAGGAGAACCCAGGCACACUUCCCCCCACCUCAUGUUUCCCUACAGAGUCGCUUAAAUCUGAGAAAAGGAGGAAGAGGUGGAGGUGAGAGGGCACAUACUCCAGCAGGCAAGGGAGGAGGGAGUGGAGGUACCAAAAUGAGUUCUGCAUCCAUCCCUCGUUCUGGCAGUAGUAGCAGUGCUGUUGCUGCCUCUACACAUAUUCUCUCCCGCCCUCUGCCCCCAACCACAGUGGUGGGCAGGCGAGAUGCAGGUGGCAGGCAGUGGCGACAGGUGUAUGUAGAGCGUUACCUUUCCUGUGUGAUCUGUGCCACCCAGGACACAAAGGCUGGCUGGAGGCAACUGUCGGCCCUCCUGCAGGUGUGUGGGAGGGAUGUGCACACCUUGCACCUGCCCUCCUUAGCAUCCCCACCCCCCUCCAGAGGGAAUGGGGAAGCAGUGGAGGUGGAGCCAGGCAACCUGAGUCACCUGGAUCUGUUUGAGAUCAUCUCAGCCUUGCCAAACCUGCAGGAGUUGAGUACAAGAUAUCAGAGCACACAGGAAGGGACAGAGCUGGUGUGGGGUGCUGUGGGGGCAUCUGUUCUGGACCUGGCAGCCCUCACCCCAGCCCUCACCCCCACCGUCACCCACCUCAAGAUCUAUGAGAGCUGUAUAGAUGAUACAAGAGCUGAGCGACUUCUGGCAGGCCUUAGAGGUCAUCCUAACUUGACCUGCCUUGACCUGCGUCACAACCUGCUGACCUGUGCCUCAGCGCCUCACCUUGUUGAUCUCCUGAACUCUUGCCCAUCCUUACGAAGCCUUAACCUGCACCACAACAAUAUAGACACCACACACCAGGACAGCAAGGUCACAAUCCCUCAGGUUACAUCCCGUACCUACUUGUUGCUGGGUGAACAGAGGCUACACAUUAAGAGGCUCGCCCAUUUGCCUUGCUACUCCUGGGACUUGAACCCAGGCCUUCUUGGUUGCGAGCAGAGCAUGCUAACCACUACACUAUGUGGUGUGUCUACACUAGGGAGUGUGUGUGUGUGUGUGUGUGUGUGUGUGUGUGUGUGUGUGUGUGUGUGUGUGUGUGUGUGUGUGUGUGUGUGUGUGUGUGUGUGUGCAUGCAUAGAAACACAUAAUCCUUCUGAGUGUCUCAUUUAUCAAGUUUCGCACUCAUGUAUGUACAUACAUAUCAAUACAAAAUACAAUUACAUAAUCACACACAACAAAGUAUGUAUUGCCCACUCACUGCCUAUUUACCCAACACCACUUUGCCUCCUUAAUUUUAUCACUCUUUCAGGCAGCACUGGUGGCUCAACUUUGGGAGAAGCCCUAGCCAGGAGACCCCUUCUACCCUUAGAAGCCCUUAUGAUGGACCUGAAUCCUUUAGGGUCCAAGGGAGGGGCUGCCCUACUUCAGGGAGCAGCAGCCAGCAGCAGCAACAAUGAUGAGGAGGUGAUGGACGGCAAAGGAGAGAAAGGGAGGAGAGGCCUGCGUGUGUUGUCUCUGGCAGGGUGCGGCUUGGGGGAUGAGUGUUGGGAUCCCUUAGUGGCAGCCCUCACCUCCUCCCUCAGAUAUGUGUGUCUGGCUGCUAAUUCCUUCACACAGGAACCACCCAAAGAAGUCCUCUCCAUUGUGAAAAGAAAAGGAAGAGGAGGAAAAGAAAACCACAAAAAAGGAGACAAGGAAAAAGAAGCAGAGAGAGAAGAACCACCUCACCUCCUCUUGACCAAUCUUGAGGGCAGCACCUAUCUGCUGGGGAGUGUGAUGGGAGGCCACAGCCUGGCCCCUCCCCUCCUGCACCUUCGGGAGGCCCUCCAGUCACCCCUCACCCCAGCAGCUGCACGGGAAAACCUGUCACACCACCUUCCCCUCCAUGGUGUGUGGUUGAGGGAAAAAGACUUUUUCCUAGAGGAGGAGUUGAGAGGGAUGUGUCUGUUCAGCAAGGAGGCCAGGCAGGUAAUGAAGGAAUGAAAGGAAAAAGUGAUGUGUGGUG